UAACAACCCAUAUAAAAAGUUUCAAUCUUUAUCCAAAAUUGUAGAAAAUCUUGAUACCCAGUGAAGCAUUCUUGAAUGGGUUCAUCUGUUUGUACUCUGUUUCUUUUGUGCAUUGUGUGGUUGUACAUUUUGUUAUUUGUAGAAGCAGCUAACAAUGUGACUUAUGAUAGUAAGUCACUCAUCAUUGAUGGUCAAAGAAAGCUUCUUAUUUCAGCUGCUAUUCACUACCCUAGAAGUGUUCCUGCUAUGUGGCCUGGAUUGGUAAAAACUGCAAAAGAAGGAGGCGUAGACGUGAUUGAAACGUACGUAUUUUGGAAUGGACAUGAACCAUCACCAGGCAAUUACUACUUUGGUGGAAGGUACGAUCUACCCAAAUUUGUGAAGAUAGUUCAGGAUGCCGGUAUGCUUUUGAUUCUUCGGAUCGGCCCAUUCGUUGCCGCAGAAUGGAACUUUGGCGGUAUACCUGUUUGGUUACAUUAUGUGCCUGGGACCGUCUUCAGAACCGAUAAUGAACCUUUCAAGCAUUACAUGCAAAACUUCACAACUCUAAUUGUGAAUAUGAUGAAGAAAGAUAAGUUUUUCGCAUCGCAGGGUGGCCCCAUUAUCUUAGCUCAGGUGGAAAACGAGUACGGAUACUACGAAGCUGCAUAUGGCGAAGGUGGCAAACGUUACACUCAAUGGGCGGCUAAAAUGGCUCUUUCUCAAAAUAUAGGUGUACCGUGGAUAAUGUGUCAGCAAUGGGAUGCUCCCGAUCCAGUGAUCAAUACGUGUAAUUCAUUUUACUGUGAUGAUUUCAAGCCAAGCUAUCCAACGAUGCCCAAAAUCUGGACUGAGAAUUGGCCAGGAUGGUUCAAGACGUUCGGAGGCAGAGAUCCCCAUCGGCCCGCAGAAGAUGUUGCGUACGCCGUUGCUCGAUUUUUCCAAAAAGGAGGAAGUGUACAUAACUAUUAUAUGUAUCACGGUGGGACGAACUUUGGACGUACGUCUGGUGGGCCGUUUAUUACCACUAGUUAUGAUUAUGAUGCACCGGUUGACGAAUAUGGGUUACCAAGGUUUCCAAAAUGGGGACACCUUAAGGAGCUACAUCGAGCUAUAAAGUUGUGUGAACGUGCAUUGUUGAACAACAAACCGACCUUGGUUCAUCUUGGUCCUAAACAAGAGGCUGAUGUCUAUGAUGAUCAAUCGGGAACAUGUGCUGCCUUUAUCGCUAACUUAGACGAUAAAGAUGAGAAAACGGUACAGUUUCGGAAUGUUUCGUAUACGCUGCCAGCAUGGUCGGUGAGCAUUCUUCCCGACUGCAAAAAUGUCGUCUUCAAUACCGCCAAGGUUAAAUCUCAAACUUCGACCGUUGAAAUGGUACCAGAGCUAUUGCAGUCUUCAAUGGUGUCACCGAAUAAAGAUCUGAAAGCACUUAACUGGGAAAUAUACGUCGAGAAAGUCGGCAUUUGGGGAAAACCCGACUUUACUAUCAACGGUUUUGUCGAUCACAUCAACACCACAAAAGAUACUACCGAUUACCUUUGGCAUACAACAAGUUUAUUUGUUGACAAGAAUGAAGAGUUUUUAAAGAAAGGAAGCAAACCAACUCUUCUCAUUGAGUCAAAGGGACACGCGCUCCAUCUUUUUGUCAACGGCAUACUUCAAGCUAGCGCAUCGGGAAAUGGUACCGUUUCACCGUUUAAAUUUAAAGGGCCGGUUUCUUUGAAGGCAGGGAAGAACGAAAUCGCUAUUUUGAGCAUGACUGUAGGCCUCCAAAAUGCAGGAUCGUUUUACGAAUGGGUUGGAGCCGGUGUAACCAACGUUACACUUAAAGGAUUAAAGCAUGGAACCAAUGACUUAUCUAACGCCACAUGGACCUACAAGAUCGGUUUAGAAGGAGAGCAUCUAAGUCUAUACGAUGUGGACGCUUCGAAAAACGCGAACUGGACUAAGGUUUCUGAGCCACCUAAAAGCCAGCCGUUGACAUGGUACAAGGCUGUUGUGGAUGCGCCACCUGGAGAUGAACCCGUUGCACUUGACAUGGUUCACAUGGGAAAGGGCUUGGCAUGGUUAAACGGAGAGCAAAUCGGAAGAUAUUGGCCCCGAAAGGCUCCAAGCGACAAGUGUGUUAAAACGUGUGAUUACAGAGGCAAGUUUAACCCCGAUAAGUGUAAUAUGGGGUGCGGACAACCGACACAAAGAUGGUACCAUGUUCCAAGAUCUUGGUUCAAGCCGUCGGGCAACGUUUUGGUGAUGUUUGAAGAAAAAGGUGGAGACCCAACUCAGAUUAGGUUUUCAAGACGGAAACUAUCCGCUCUUUGUGCUCAUGUAGCCGAAGAUCAUCCCUCUUUUGUUACCAACAGCUUGCAAAAGAGCAAAGCGAACUUGGAGUUAAAAUGCCCGAUGGACACACAAAUUUCCGCUUUCAAGUUUGCUAGCUAUGGAACUCCUACCGGGACUUGCCAAUCGUUUGCGGUUGGAGAUUGCCAUGAUCCUAAUUCCACUGCUAUUCUUGAAAAGCAAUGCUUGAACAAGAACGAGUGCACCGUAGAAUUAACAAAAGAGAAUUUCAAGACGGAGCUCUGCCCUGGCAUAACGAAGAAACUUGCGGUAGAAGUAACUUGUAGCUAAAUCUUGCCAUUUUGAUAUGUUGUACGGCUUAUGUUUUUUUUUAUAUAACUACGAGUCCUUUUUAGGUACGUUUGGCGUUUUUUGUAAUCUUUAUUUUGAGGGUUAUAUCCGCUAAUACCCAUAUUUGGUGGGUCUCGAGUACAUGUAAGCAGGUGUCGAAACUAAUGUUUUGACGCUAAGAUAAUAUAACUUAUGUGUACCAAUAUCACGUUUAAGCAAUAGUUUUGAGUGUUUAC